AUGUCAAAUCACAUCUUGGGCGACGACGAAUCAGACGACGAUUUCGGUGCAUUCAAUUCUCAACAUCAACAACAUCAACAAUAUCGACCUACUAUUCAAAUUAACUCGAACCCUUCUUCUCGUCAAGUUCCUCAAGAUCCUUUCUCUCCUCUAGAAUACCAUCAAAACCCACUGGAAUCUCAUCAACCUUAUUAUCAUUCAUCUUCUCAUCAUCUUCAAGAAGGUUAUCAUCCUCAUAGUCCAGCUGACGAAGAAGAUACUGUAUUUCAAUCUGAACGAAAACAUCAAUCCACUUCAACCGGGAUCUCAGGAUUUGAACAAGAUCAAAACCCCGCAUCGUAUAGCGGUGGUAAUCCAAGUAACCCUUUGGGUACUAUGCAAGAUCUUUCACAUAGUCAACAAGCACCUGCAUAUCAACCCUUCUUUGACGAAUCAGAUAGUCCUCAGGAACAUCAUCGUAAUAUGAGUUCAAACUCAAAUGGAUUGUAUGCUUCACUAGCCAAUCGUCGUCGAUCAACUCUUCCAAACUCGAGUUCUAUGGAAUCUGGUUUACCACUUUCUUACACAGGAGCCAUGCCAGCUGGCAUUCCACCUCCUUCAGCUCAAGGAUCGAAGUGGGCAUUAGAAGAUGAUUAUGAAGACGAUCUAUCUGGUAUUCGAAGUAUACCGCUUGUUGAUGCACCUGGUGGACCGAGUAAUACAUCAAGUAAAUGGGCUCAACAGAAAACUAAACAACCGUCAAUGAAGCAAAGGAUCACAGAUCUGUUCAGUAGACAGCCAAAGGAGCUCACUGGAGAACGGCUGAUAUACCUCAACGAUGUAGCUCGUAAUGAACGCGAAUUCAAGUACAUGAGUAACUAUGUUAGUACAACCAAGUAUAAUGUGGUCACAUUCUUACCCAAGUUUCUUCUAGAACAAUUCAGUAAAUACGCCAAUCUCUUCUUCCUCUUCACCGCUUGCAUUCAACAAAUCCCCAACGUAUCCCCCACAAAUCAAUACACUACUAUCGCACCCCUCUCUCUAGUUCUUUUGGUAGCAGCCUUUAAGGAAAUGACAGAAGACAUCAAACGUCGGAACUCAGACUCAGAACUUAAUGCACGUCAUGCUCAAGUUCUUGUUGGUUCAUCAUUUGUUGAGAAGCCUUGGCGUGAUAUCAAAGUAGGAGAUGUAGUCCGACUCGAGUCAAAUCAACAUUUCCCUGCAGAUAUCGUCCUGCUCGCCUCUUCUGAACCGGAUGGUCUUGCUUACAUUGAGACAAGUAAUUUAGAUGGUGAAACAAACUUGAAGAUCAAACAAGCUCAUCCUAGUACAAGUAACCUGACAAGCCCUUCUAUGGUCGCCAGCUUGAGUGGUCACCUUCGAUCUGAACAUCCAAAUAACUCACUUUAUACUUAUGAAGGUACCUUAACCAUUCAAUCGCAUGGGAAUAGCGAAAAGGAUAUCCCACUCAGUCCUGAUCAGAUGUUAUUGAGAGGUGCUCAACUUCGGAAUACAGCAUGGAUGUAUGGUUUGGUUGUGUUUACUGGUCAUGAAACAAAAUUGAUGAGGAAUGCAACGGCAACACCUAUUAAGCGAACAGCAGUUGAACGAAUGGUGAAUGUGCAGAUUGUGUUUCUGUUCAUCAUCUUACUGGUUUUGUCUGUUGGGUCUUCUGCCGGAAGUUUCAUCAGAACGUAUUCAAACAGUGGUCAAAUGUGGUAUCUAUUGGAACCAGCGACUGCAGGGGGAGGCAAGCUGACGACGUUUAUCGAAGAUAUCCUGACGUUCAUCAUUCUUUAUAACAACCUUAUCCCUAUCUCGCUCAUCGUGACAAUGGAAGUGGUCAAGUUUCAGCAAGCAGUCUUGAUCAAUUCGGAUCUGGAUAUGUACUAUUCAGUUUCUGAUACACCCGCUCUCUGUCGAACAUCCUCACUAGUAGAAGAACUAGGCCAAAUCGAAUAUGUCUUUUCAGAUAAAACAGGAACACUUACGCGUAACGAAAUGGAAUUCAGACAAUGUUCAGUAGCCGGGAUUGCUUAUGCUGAUAUAGUUGAAGAACAUAAAAGAGGAGAAGUCUUUUCAUUUGAUGAUUUAGCUAAAAACUUACAAAAAGGAGAUGAUCGAAGUAAAGUGUUAUCUGAGUUUUUAACUUUAUUGGCUACUUGUCAUACGGUGAUUCCUGAAGAAAAGGAUGGGAAAGUGAUUUAUCAAGCUAGUAGUCCUGAUGAAGCUGCUCUAGUUGCUGGUGCAGAAGUUUUGAAGCACCGAUUUACAGUUCGUAAACCUCAGUCUAUCAUGAUUGAAGUGAAUGGGCGUCAACAAGAGUUUCAGGUGCUCAACAUUCUCGAAUUCAAUAGUACACGUAAAAGGAUGUCAUCAAUUGUCCGUGCACCGGAUGGAAAGAUCAAGCUGUAUUGUAAAGGUGCUGAUACGGUGAUCCUUGAACGUUGUGCAGCCCAUCAACCAUAUAAAGAUUCAACAUUAGUUCAUCUAGAAGAAUAUGCUACAGAAGGAUUAAGGACACUAUGUAUUGCGAUGCGAGAUAUUCCAGAAGAAGAAUAUAAACCAUGGUCAGCUAUAUAUGAUAAAGCAGCAGGAACAGUCAAUGGACGUACAGAAGCAUUAGAUAAAGCAUCAGAAUUGAUUGAAAAGAAUUUAUUUUUAUUAGGAGCUACAGCUAUUGAAGAUAAAUUACAAGAAGGAGUACCUGAUACGAUUUAUACAUUACAACAAGCUGGUAUCAAAGUUUGGGUCCUAACCGGUGAUCGACAAGAAACGGCGAUCAAUAUCGGAUUAAGUUGUAAAUUGAUUUCUGAAAGUAUGAGUUUAGUGAUUGUGAAUGAAGAAACAUCAGAUGCAACAAAUGAGUUUAUUAAUAAGAAAUUAUUGGCCAUCAAAAGUCAAAAAAAUGUGGGCGAUUUAGAAGAAUUAGCUUUAGUGAUUGAUGGAAAAAGUUUAGGGUUUGCUUUGGAUCGAUCUAUGUCUAAGUCUUUUCUAGAACUUGCUAUUUUAUGUAAAGCAGUUGUGUGUUGUCGAGUCUCACCAUUACAAAAAGCAUUAGUAGUCAAACUGGUGAAGAAGAAUGUAAAAGGUUCAAUUACUUUAGCUAUUGGAGAUGGAGCCAAUGAUGUCAGUAUGAUUCAAGCGGCUCAUGUUGGAGUGGGGAUUAGUGGUGUAGAAGGAUUACAAGCUGCUAGAUCGGCAGAUGUGGCGAUUAGUCAAUUUAGGUUUUUGAAAAAACUUUUAUUGGUUCAUGGGACUUGGAGUUAUGUUAGAUUAAGUAAAUUGAUCUUGUAUUCUUUUUAUAAGAAUAUCACACUGUAUCUCAUUGGGUUUUAUUUUUCAUUUGUCAAUGGAUUUUCCGGUCAAGUUUUAUUUGAAUCAUGGACAUUAACGUUUUAUAAUGUAAUCUUCACAGUGAUGCCUCCAUUCGUUUUGGGUGUCUUUGAUCAAUUUGUUAGUGCUCGGAUGUUGGAUCGAUAUCCUGAAUUAUAUACACUAGGUCAACGAAAUGUUUUUUUUACUAGAAGGAUAUUUUGGGAAUGGGUGGCUACAGCUGUCUUUCACUCGAUCAUCAUCUUCUUCUUUACGGCUGUGAUCUUCAAUCAAGAUUUGAUUCUUAAUCAGGGUUGGAUCUCGGGUCAAUGGGUUUGGGGUACAACUGCUUAUCUUGUGACUCUGAUGACUGUAUUAGGAAAAGCAGCUUUAAUAUCAGAUCUUUGGACCAAAUGGACUUUAUUAGCUAUUCCAGGAUCGUUUGCAUUGACGAUGAUCAUCUUACCACUCUAUGCUACGAUUGCACCAAAGAUUGGAGUUAGUAAAGAGUAUUAUAAUUUGAUGCCUAGAAUGUUAUCUUCACCUGUUUUCUAUUUAGCUUUAUUUUUGAUUCCUGUGACUUGUUUGAUACGAGAUUUGGCUUGGAAAGGCUAUAAGAGAUUGUUUAGACCUGAAUCUUAUCAUGUAGUACAAGAAAUUCAAAAAUUCAAUUUACCUGAUUAUAGACCAAGAAUGGAACAAUUUCAAAAAGCUAUUAAGAAAGUUAGAGCAGUUCAAAGGUUGAGAAGGAAUAGAGGAUUUGCAUUUUCACAAACUGAAGAAGGACAAGAACAAUUGAUUAGAAGUUAUGAUACAACUAUUCAAAAAGCAAAAGGAUGA